GAAAUAGAAGUAUAACAUGAAGAAGCAAUCUUUCUCUUUCUCAUAAUUGGUUCAUCAUGAAAGCUCCUUUUUCAUCCUUAUUCAACCACAUCCAUUUCCAAACGUCAACAUUCACAACCACCGGCCGCCGUCGGCACCCCAACCCACCAAACACCCUUCCGAUCAAAGCAACACCACCACCAACAUUGCUUACCUCGUCAUCAACUUUAACCUAUUAGUAGCUUCACAAAUUAACUAACCUUCAUUAUAUGAUAUUCAUUCUGGACACCGUCAUGUGGAUGGCAGCUAACAUUCCCACCGACACCGUCCUUAACAAGAACAAGAAGCAGUUGAGUGGCAAUCAGAAGAAAGAAGAAUUACAAAGAGAGGUGUCUACACUUCAGAAAAUGCUAGACCAUGAAGAAACAAUCGGUGAGCUUCUUAAACACACGUAUGAUCAACAACUAGACCAUUCCGCUCUUCAUAUCCCAAAUUCUCUUCCUCCAAAGAUGAAGGAGUUACUGACAGAACUAGCCAUGGUUGAAAAUGAAAUAACAAGGCUAGAAAACCAAAUUUGCAACCUACAAACUGACUUAAACAAAGAGAAAGAAGCCACAAGAGAAUCGAAAAUGAAACAACAACAACAAAUUCGCGAAAUUCGCGAUGAUCCUUUAGUCACAGAGACACCAUUACUGUUGCUGGAAAGUAGAGGAUACGGUGACAAAUUGUUGUGUGACACCAAGGCAAUGCACUUCAUUAGUAAAGCUAUAAAGGGUGAUUAUAGUCUUAAAGACUUCAAUUCACACGAGAGAUCAAGAACAAGAAAUGUUGAUCAGAAAGAAAAUCAAGUAAACGGUGAGGAAUUCGGGGUUCGUGACCGGGCCACUAGAAGAACCGGGAUUCUGAAACCACCUUCACCUGCAAGACAUGUAACUCCUAAGAGAGAACGCAAUGUAGUGGCAUCAUUAGAACCGACUUUAACCCAAUAUGAAGAAGAGAACAUCGUAAAGUGGUCAGCAAACAAGCUUUCAGAAAACAUUAUGAAGUGUUUGAUCUUCAUUUUCAUGAGGCUCCUGAGGACAUCAAGGACAUUGGAGCUAGAGAAAUCAGGACCGAUUUCGCGACCAGCCAACUUUUCAAUAAGCUUUAGGGGUGAACCGUGCUUGAACUCAAAGGCGAGCCUGCUGCUUCAAAAGGAGUCUAGGCAGCAAGACCCAUAUGGUAUCUUUAACCACGAAGACUCCAUUCUUAGAGACAUUGGCUGCUACAAGAACUUGGUUAAGUUCACAUCUACUUCUUUGGACCCUAAAUGCAUUUCAAGUUCAGCUUACGUUCCAUUGCUACAAAAGUUGAGGGCUUACAUGAAUGGUCUAGAGAAAGUGGAUUUGAUGUUUUUGACAUCACAACAGAAAUUGGCAUUCUGGAUCAACAUGUACAAUGCUUGUAUCAUGCAUGGUUUUCUUCAGUAUGGAGUUCCUUCGAGUCCCGAGAAACUAUUGGCACUCAUGAACAAGGCAACCCUAAAGAUAAGAGGGAACACUAUAAAUGCUCAAGUUAUCGAACACGUCAUAUUGAGAAGGCAAGAAGCCUCUAUCAUAGAAAAGAUUUAUGGCAAGGUAGAAAAGAAAAAUAAAGAAGCAAUCUUUCGCAAACUUCAUGGACUAGACUCAAUGGACCCCAAUGUCACAUUCGCAUUAUGUUGUGGCACGCGUUCUUCUCCCGCGGUGAGAGUGUAUACAAGUGAUGGGGUUGUAAAUGAGUUGGAAAGAGCAAAGCUAGAGUACCUACAAGCUUCAAUAAUUGUAACAAGUGCAAAGAAGAUUGGACUCCCAGAGCUUUUGCUUAGAAACAUGCAUGAUUUUGCACAAGAUUUGGAAAGCUUGGUGGAAUGGUUGUACCAACAAUUGCCUACUUCUGGUUCAUUGAGGAAAUCAAUGGUGGAUUGCUUUAGAGGAGUCAAUAAUGCAAAGGUUUCAUCCAUUGUGGAGAAGCUACCGUAUGAAUUUGAGUUCCAAUAUUUGUUACCUAUGUAGACAUUUACACAUUCCAUCCCUUUGUAUUAAUUUUUUUAGAGUAAAUUGUUAAAAUUGUCCAUGCGGUUUGGACAUGUUACCAGUUUCAUCCAAAAUAUUUUUUUUGUAUCAUAUUACCCUUCACGUUUGAGAUUUUUUGUUAUUUUCAUCCAAACGUCUAACUUUUUUGUCAAAAUCGUCCCUGAGAUUUGAGAUUUUAUGUCAUUUUCAUCCAAAUGUCGGACAAAAAAAUAAAGUAAAUUAGACAUUUAGAUGAAAAUGACAAAAAAUCUCAAAAGUGAAGGGCGAUAUAGUAUAAAAAAGUUGUUUUGAAUGAAACUGGCAAACAUACCCAAACCUUGAGGACGAUUUUGGCAAUUUACUCUUUUUUUUAUAUA